ACCUUCCGCACAGCCUGCAGAGACCCAGCCCCGGGAGUGCAGACAGAGCUGAGAGGAACAAACUCUGGUCUAUCUCCAACCACAGCUCCCUGGCCCAUGGCGUCCCCCUUCCCCACCAGAGCCUGGGGGCAGCUUUCCAGCAAUGCCACCUCACCCAUGGCCAACAACAGCACCGUGCCCACCUCCAACAUCCUUGACCAGCUCUCGGUGGCCAUCUUCAUGGUCUCCUCCCUGCUGGGCAUGGUAGGCAACGGCCUGGUGGUCUGGGUCACCAGCUUACGCAUGCGCCGGACGGUCAACUCGAUCUGGUUCCUGAGCCUGGCGCUGGCUGAUCUGCUCUACUCCCUGCUGCUGCCCUUCUACGCCGCCAAGACCGCCAUGGGCCAUCACUGGGCCUUUGGCAACUUCCUCUGCAAAGCCGUUGGCGCCCUCCUCUUCCUCAGCAUGUUCGCCAGCGUCUUCCAGCUGACACUCAUCUCGACCGAUCGCUGCCUGCUGGUGGCCCGGCCUGUCUGGGCCCAGCAGUUCCGCACGCCGCGCUGGGCCUGGGGGGCGGCCGUCGUGGCCUGGGUGCUGGCCGGGGCUUUCUCAGCCCCCUACCUGGUCUUCCGGCAGGUGCACUGCCGGGGCAAGCGCUGCUCUUGCAUCAACAAUUUUGGGGACGUGGCGACAAUGGUGGCACGGCAGCAGGCCCUGAUCGUGGUGCGGUUUGUGGCCGGCUUCCUGGCACCGCUGCUGGUCAUCACAGCCUGCCACGUGGUCGUGAUGCUGCGGGCUGGGCACCGGGGCCGCCGGCCCAACCGUACGGCCAAGGUAGUGGCUGCCGUGGUGUUGAGUUUCUUCCUCUGCUGGCUGCCCUACCACAUCUUCAACUUCCUACACGGCUGGGCAGGCAAAAGUGCAGCCAUCAAGGUGGGCUCCUCCCUGGCCUUCAGCCUCACCUGUUUGAGCUGCUUCCUCAACCCCCUGCUCUACGCCUUCCUGGGCCGCCGCUUCCAGGAGGGGCUGCGGGGUAGCAGCCGCGCCCGCUGGCUGGAGGCCGCCAUGGCCGAGGACUCGCUGGGCUCGGGCAGUGGACACCGGCGCAACCGCUCGCGGGGCUCCACCACUUCCUCUGAGCUGCGGAUGAUGCAGCCGUGAUGGGGCAGGGGAAGGGGCCAGGAUCCCAUGCGAGCGGAGUGGGGGCAGCUGUGGGAUGGCACCGAGCAGUGCAUGCUGGGAGCCCAGAGCCAUGCUGAAGCAGUGCAUGCAGGGAGACCAUGGGACAUGGCGGAGCAAUGCAUGCUGGGAGCUGUCGUCAUCUCUCUGGGCUGAGCUGGAGCAGUGCAUGCUGGGAGCCCAUGAGCCACGCUGAAGCAGUGCAUGUGGGGAGCUGUCGUCAUCAGCACGGGCCAUGCCGGAGCGGUGCAUGCUGGGAACCCAUGGGCCAUGCCGGAGCGGUGCAUGCUGGGAGCUUAUGGGUCACACCGCAAAGGAGCAUGCUGGGAACUCUUGCCGUCAUUGGCCACACCGGAGCAAUAACAGGCCACACUCCUUUCCCAUGCUGCAGGAACUCAGUGAUACCCCUGGCCGCCACCCCGCAGGGUGGGCAGGGCUGUUACAAGGCUGUGGCCAUGAUGGUUGCCAUGGAUACCACCACCUGGCCACCAUUUUGGGGCCUGGUUUUCAGACCAGGACAGAGUGAAUCCUAAAACCAGGCUCUUUUUAUACAGAAAGCUCAGAUCUACUUUUGUUACAUCAACCACCUCACUGUUUGGUGUAUCCUUCCACCAGUUAAUAUAGUCCAUCCAAAAAAAAAAAGGAAUUCUGGGAAUCCAGCCCACUUUACACAGGAGCCGGCUCUACUUUCACAGGACAGCUACUGAGCAUCCUUCCACCACAAAAGUAGUCCUCCAAAACACAGGUCUCAAAACUGGAGCCUUUUUAUACAGAGCCGGAUCUACUUUCAAUAUAUUCUGAUUGUGUGUCCAUCUGCCAAAAAAAUAGUCCCUCAAAAAAAAAACUGAAAGGCAGGCCCUUUUCCAGGCUUCACUCGCUCCAGGGGCCCUGGAAAACUCUCGCAGGGCCCGGUCCCCCGGAGCUUCUUCUGCUCCCGGUCUUCACCGGCAAGGGGUCCUUCCGCUCCGGGGCGGAAGGACCACCCACCACCGAAUUACCGCCGAAGCAGGACCCGCCGCC